CUGGAGUAACUGAUAAUCCGAAGUUCCAAGGAAGUCCCCUUAGCUUCUCCCUCAUCUCCCUGGCUCACAGAAGCAACGGUAACCGAACAAAAACUCCUCCAAUUGAUUUUUCCAACUCUUAAGCGCCAGACAACCAAAUCACAAGAAACAAACACUUCCAAAUCCAAAUGCUAGAUUAUGAUCUCACUCACUCCCACUCCUUUUCUCAUCCACAGCACAAGCUUCGCAGUCAUUUUUGUCUUUCUGAUCCCAAGCCCUACAAGGGUGCACCCUAGCAGGGCAGCCUCCGCCGUGCAUGAGGCGCCAAAGUCCUCCGAGUAGAGGGAGUUGAGCUCCGAGCUCUACGCGUCGAUGCCAUUCUCGGCAGUGACGGGGGCAAAGAGGCUGGUGUCGGUGAGGCACGGGCAGAGCAUGUGGAACGAGUAGGGUCGGAUCUGGGGGAGCUCCAAUUUUUCCGUGCUCACCAAGAAAGGUGAGGCUUAGGCCGAGACUUCCCACCUGAUACUCAUCAAUGAUACUCUAAAUAUCUACUUUGCCAGUCCCCUGAUGAGGUCAAAGAGAACAGCUAAAAUUAUAUGGGUUCCUCACAAAGAGGAAAUGAUUAUGGACUCUGAUAUGAGGGAAAUUGACUUGUAUGCAUUUCAAGGCCUCUUGAAGCAUGAGGGAAAAGCAAAGUUUGGUGAAGCUUUUCAAUAAUGGCAUGUAGAUGCUGAAUUUAUUAUUGACGGUCAUUAUCCUAUGAGUGAGUUAGGGGCAUGUGCUAGGGGUUGCUGAAACCGAAUACUAUUGCAUGAAAGCAAGUUUGUUCUUGUGGUUCCUCAUAAUGCUGUUAAUCAGGCUCUCAUUGCAACCGCUAUUGGAUUGGGAACAUAGUACUUUAGGGUUUUAGUUUAGAGCAAUUGUGGUGUAAGUGUGUUGGAUUUCAUCCCAUGAGUUGAGGGUGGAUCACCGUAUAUUUGCCUCAAUCGACUGUACCAGGUCCCUAGCUCACCAGUUGCUGGUGGAAGUUCAUGAGGAAGGAAAACGGGUAGGAUUAUACUUGUUUGUCAUGGAUCCACACAGAGCGAUAAACAGACUGGUUUUCCUUCGACCAUCAAUCAACCAAUGGACAUGUUUGGGGUUAUGAAGUCCCAAAAAACUGUGGCGCUACUUUUGGAUUUGAAAGUGAGUUCUACAGUUAGCAGUAGUCCAAAGAAAGCUUGUGUUGAAACAGCAAUUGCCAUCUCCAAAGUGCAAGAAGUUGUAGAUUGCUUGGAUGUUGAUUGUUUGCCACAUGACUUGGAGAUAAAGAUGGAGAACCUUCAUGUUGAGGACAUCCUUCUAGGGCCGGAUGAAGGUAAUAUUCUGCUUCUUCAGGCUGGAUGGCUAAAUGGAUUAGAGGACAUAGUCAUGGGACAUGUGUGGGAUCAAUAUGAGAAAGCCUGGGAGUCUCUCGUAAAUGAACUAGACGCUGAAGCCAAACAAGAAAAAGUUGUUGUAGCAGUCUGUCAUCCUGCAUUGCACGUAGCACUGAUGGGGAAUUGUUGUACAAACUAA